AUGGGACUAGGAGUAAACCUCACUGCUUGGUCUACAGUGUGUUUGCCGAAAACCCUUGGAGGAUUGGGCUUUGGUGAAGGUUCUAAAUGGAACAAGGCCAUGCUUGGGAAGUAUAUAUGGGCAAUAAACCAUCAACAAGAGACUUUGUGGGUCAAAUGGAUUCAUACGGUGUACUUAAAAGGGACUGAUUUCUGGCUCUACCAGCUCAAAACAGACACAAGCUGGUAUUGGAAGAAACUCUGUCAAUUACGUAACUUGUUUGCUCAGGAGGACAUUGAUAAUGCGAGUAGUCAUGUGAAGUUUAGGAUUGGGCUGUUGUAUGCUAAGCUUAUCCACCAAGUUCCGGCCAAGUAUCAUCAGUUUGUUUGGAAUCGAAUGAGCAUUCCUAAGCAUAAAUUUAUCACUUGGCAAACUGUUAACUCUAAGCUUUUAACUAGAGAUCAUCUUAUUAGAGUUUCUAUGGUUAUUGAAUCUGGUUCUUGCCCGGUCUGUGAGCUGGCAGCUGGAAACCACAAUCACUUGUUUUUUGAGUGCCUAUUUUCUCAGAAGGUGGUUUGGCUGAUUCAAGGCUGGGUCCGUUGCAAUUGGCCUCUUAGUUUCACGGCUUGGACUGCUUGGAUUAAAGAUAUGAAGGGGGGUACUCAUGCCUUGCUAGUGGCUGCUGUUUUCUCAGCAACCGUGUAUUACCUUUGGCAUAACAGGAAUAUUUGUCAUUUUCAGCACUAUUCUCUUAGUGUUAAUUCUGUCAAAGAAUUGAUCAAAAAAGACAUUAUGUUUAGACUUAGUUGUUUUAACCAUAAGAUUGUUAGAGGCAUUAAGCUGAGCUACUGA